UUGCCUGAUACAUUCUUCUUCUACAACAAAAUUCACAAGACACAGAGGACAGAGAGAGAGAUCCAAACCAUGUCAAAUCGCCAAGACGACCUUGAUCUCCUUCUCUCUCUUCAAGAUAGGGUUUUGGAAACCCCUCCUGGUUCUCCUUCCCAUUCAGCAGGCUACUUAUCGGACGAUGAAUUUACGGGCCAAAGAGGGCGGGUGGACAUGUCCGUGUUCAGGGACGCCGUCGAGGACUGCCUUGAUUACGAGCCUAAACCGGUUCAGAAGCCUGGGAAAUUGAACCGGCCCAGUGCCUCCACUGAUCCAGAAGUUGAGAAAUUUUCGGGUUUGCGAAUCAGGAAGCAGUUGAUAACUCCUUUAGAGCUUAAUGAUCACUUUUCAGACAUCCGUUUUGUUCGGUUAUCCGCCAUAAAGAAUUUGCUGCGUGGGGAUACUCUUUCAGGCUGUUGGGCAACUGUUGGAGUAUUGACUGAGAAGGGGAAUCCAAAAACUAGUUCCACAGGGAAGAGUUAUUCUAUAUGGAAAUUUGGGUGUUUGGAUGAAGAUACCAUUUCUGUUUUCUUGUUUGGUGAUGCUUAUGAGAUGAACUGCAAAGAGCAGGCUGGAAUGGUGUUUGCGCUACUUAAUUGCACCGUACGCAAGGAUGCUAUGGGUGGUGGUUUUUCUUUGAGUGUAUAUUCAGCCAAUCAAAUGCUGAAGAUGGGCACUUCAGUUGAUUAUGGAGUUUGCAAAGGGAAAAGAAAGGAUGGAAUGGCUUGUACUGUAGUCAUAAACAAACGCCGUGGAAUAUAUUGUAAAUUUCAUAAAUCGAAAGAAUCACAGAAAUAUUCCACGAUGACAAUGCGAACUGAGCUCAAUGGAGGGAACUUGCGAACAGCAUUUCGGACUCCUCACAGUAGAGAAGGGAUUUUUAUGGUUGAUCCUCUAUCUGACAAAUCAAACGCGUGCAAGCGAAAGCAGCCAGUGAAGCUAUUGUCAGUGGAAGGGCUCAAGAAGGCAUUAAGCAAUGCAGGUAAAGUGACUACAAAUACACACUCACAAGGAAUAAGGUUUUUGGCUGAGAUGACAGGGAAGACAGAUCCGAAAGAUGCGAUUAAAACUUCAAAAAUGCAAAGCAAACCGAUCUCCAGUUCAGAGAAGAGGAAACCAUCUAGUAUAAGCAUGGAUCCAUCUGCAGUCAUAAAAAACGAGCAAAUGGAUUCAAAAAGAAUGAAAACUGGGAAGGAGAAAAUUUUGAUAGACAAAACAAAGGAGGGCAUGGGAAAGAUGAUUGAAUUAGAGUAUAUAAGCUCGGAUGAAGGAUUCUGAGCCUUGGAAGCAGUCACUGUGAACCUAAAUUUUGUAAGCCAAUACAUUUUGGACCCGUUCACUCUUUUAAUUGCUUUAAAAUGGUAAAGGUUGUGAGCUGACAUUUCUUUUUUGUUUUUUAGUGUAACAUUAAUGAGGGAAUUGUUCUAUUUAUUUAUUUUUCCAACCAGAACUGAUUCUUC